CGGAAGUAUUUGUAUUGUUCUGGAAAGAGGAAAGUAGUUGCUAAGAAGCGUUAUCCUACUCGUCCCACUUGUUUCUUGGCAAACUGUCAUUAUUUUGGUGGGAUAAGUAUUGGCUUGAAUAAUUUGAAGACUUGUUGAGAGGAAUAAAGAUUGAAAGCUGCGAUGGCGUCGCCGCUGGAGAUGACAGAGAUGUACGAUAAUGCUCUUCUGGGGAUCCUGCAGCACGUUGGGAACAUUCAGGACUUUCUGCAGGUCUAUUUUGGGUUCUUGUACCGCAAGACGGACUUUUAUCGCCUGCUGUCGAGUCCCAAUGAUAAGAUGGGUUUUCCUCCAGGUGUGGCAGAGAAGAUGGUGCUUAAGACAUUUAAGUUAUUCGAGAAGCUGGCGGAGCACGACAGAGAGAGAGCAGUGAGCAAUCUGAAGAAGAGAGAGGAGACUAGGUAUGUUCCUCCUGCAGUUCAGGAGCUGGAGGUUGCUUCUGAGCCUUGUGAUGAAACCAAGCAGCAGAGUACAGAGGCGGUGCAGAUGGAGAACUCCCCCUCACGUUCUGGGGAUGUUUCAGCUCCAGCAGCCUCAGGCACAUCCGUCUGCUCUCAGCAGGAUAGCAGCAGCAGUUCAGCAAUUUGUGAAGAUCAAGCAGCUGCAGCCAACUCGAAAUCCAAAGCAGGAAGUCAAGAAAACUUCCAGUCCAAUCCCGACAGUUACAAUGGGGCAGUGAGGGAAAAUUACAGCUGGUCUCAGGAUUACAUGGAUGUGGAGGUCCGCGUGUUUGUGCCCAAGACGGUUGUUAAAGGCAGACAGGUCAGUGUUAGUCUGCAGACCAGUGGCGUGAGAGUAUGUGUGAGGGAUGGAGCCGAAGAGAAGACACUGAUGGAGGGUGAAUUCACUUACAAGAUCAACACUGAAAACUCUCUGUGGAGUCUGGAACCUGGACACUGUGUGGUUUUGUCACUGAACAAGACAUCAGAGGUUUGGUGGAAUGCGGUGCUCAAAGGCGAAAAGGAGAUUGAUAUAAACCAAAUUAACCGUGAGCGUUCCAUGGCAUCAGUGGAUGAGGAGGAGCAUGCUGUUCUGGACAGGCUCACAUUUGACUACCACCAGAAGCUGCAGGGAAAGCCACAAAGUCACGAAUUGAAAGUGCAUGAGAUGCUGAAGAAGGGAUGGGAUGCUGAAGGGUCACCUUUCAAAGGGCAGGACUUUGACCCAUCUAUGUUUGACAUCCCACCGAGUGCCGUGCAGUUCUGACAUGCCACAAAACCUCAGCCAAACAUGAACUGAAGCAUCUCCAUUUAAAGAGCUCAUGGCAGCAGAGGCAACACUUAUUAACAGCUUUGAAAUGCUGGAAUGAUGGAAGUUUGUCCCUAAUAAAAGAAGCUGCAUAUUUGUUGAGAUUGGUGGGAAGGGAAUAUUUCUAUAUUCUGACAGUGAUGAGUCAUUAAAUUGAAGCUGAUAUGUA